AAAGUGUUCUCAGCAACAGGUAAGUAAAGCGGCAUGUCACUUUCGUGAUCAAUACUGUUCGGUAUUAAGUAUUCAGCAAAGAUCGUCUCAAUACCCGUUAUGGUCCGCCGCACACGGGCUUGUCAAGCAUGUCGCUCCCGCCGCAUGCGAUGCGACGAGACUCUUCCUCAAUGCGACCAAUGUCUUCGCGCUGGACGUCAAUGUCCGGGUCCCAUCUCAGGAGCCAUAAUUGUAGAUGUCACGACCCAAACUGUCAUUCGCGCACGCUCAAAACUUAUUAACUCUUUCCACCGUCCUCAAACACAAAACCCGCCAGCACAACUCAUAUCUCCCUCUCAAAGCCCAAUCAUUAUCCAGAACUUUCUCUCCCGGUUCCUAGAUUACUUCGCCUCCCGAUCUAGCAGCUCACCAGGUAGAUUCUGGCUACAUGAAUUGCCUUCCUUGUCAACGUCUGGCACGAGAAACGGACUCGAAUUGGCAGUUCAAGCAACGUCAACUGCGUUUUGCGCAAGCGCCACAUCGAAUCUGUCAUAUUAUGCUGGCUCUCGAAAAAUCUAUGGGGAAGCGCUGCAAAAACAUUCUCGAUCUAUUGCUGCCCUUCGGAAUUCAGGAUCUCAAGUCCGGGCUAUCGCAGCUGCACAAUUGCUGUGCACGACUCUCCUUCUAUGCUUCUAUGAAGCUAUCAGUAGCACGCAGUCUGGAGGAGAGGGGUACAUGCGACAUGUUGAAGGAGCGGCGAAAAUGGUGGAGGUUCUUGGACCGGAAGGCUGUGCAGAUGGUUUGGUGAACGAAUUGUUCUUUACGGCGAGGAGGCAAAUGCUCCUUAUCUCCUUUCUGACAAGGAAACCAUCAAUCUACGCCACGCCCGAGUAUCUUUCCAUCCCAAGUCAAGGCGGCAUAAAGCCGGUCCACGAGCGCUUGAUGGACAUCCUAACGCUUCUGAUAGAGGAACUGAACUUCCCUUCUGACAACCGACUGGAGCAUCCUACGCGUGGUCCUAUAUUUCUCACCAAUGUCGAGAAAGACCUGCAAGGUCUUUGGAUCGAAUUUCAAACUUGUUAUUAUCCAGGUUCGCUAAGCGAGCCUGGAACAGAAGAAGCAACCGCAACGUCAACCUCCACCUCCACUUCCACGGACAGCUCAGUUGACUACCCGAAUUCAUUCACGGCAUAUAUAGAAUCCUACUUCUUGUUCUCAAGAAUCUUAUGUCGAGUCAUCGGUAACCGCGAUGUUUCGCCCUUUCUGGAUAUACAAGAAGACGAAGUGAUUCACCAUGCAUCUGCGUCUAUCCUCUCUUGCGCAGCGUAUCUUGAGACGCAGAACCUUGGUUGUGGAUUCAUCAGUGCAGUGUUACCUUUACAUGCUGUAGGCAUCUAUGGGUCUGUGGAGGAUCGGAAGGCGGCGAGGGUAGUCUUGGAGACGUGGAGGGAUAGGGGAGUCGUGAGGGGAUUGGUAGGGUUAGUUCUUGUGCGGCUGGAUAGCGAAUGUGGAGAAAAUUCGAGUCUAUGGGCUGAACCGAAUUGAGAAGCGAGAUUCCGUAGACUUACAGAACGUGGCUUAAGUCUUACUUGACCAAUUCUCUCGAUCUUAAAAUGUCCGUGUAGAGCUGACCAGGGAAGUGGAAAUGAAGAAAAGCUC